AUGAACAAAAACGUCUUCCUAUUAACGUUCCUACUCCACAUGAGUCACGUGUUUUAUUGCAUCGAGGAUCCAGAUAGAAUAGAUGUUGUGGAUAUGACCAAGCCCACGACUUGGCGGGACCUGGCCUUAUAUUACGGUGCUGUGGAAAAACAUUGGAAGAUGUGCAUCAACUGCGGAGUACCAGACUUGGGCACUGGAAUACAUCUGGAACACACUGGUAGCACAGGAUCCAUGCACCCUGCUGUCAUACCUUCAGAAUACCUGUUAAGUCGACUGUCAAUAGUGGACGUAAGUACACUAACUACCCUGAACCCCUCAGUGGUUCUAACCCUGGACGUGGCACUGCAAUGGGCAGCAUUGAAGCAUGACCCCAAGGAACCAACGCUGCUGCUCUUCAAGUUCGGAUGGACGGAAGAAGACAACAGCCGGAUCAAUGUUGGUGCCUGCGUUUGUAAAGUACCUGGUCUAAGCUACGAGUUAGCAGAAUGGAUAGCAGCGAAUUUGAGCCACGUGGUUGGAGUAGCGACUGAUACUCCGACCUUCGAGUCGGAGCAGACCAGGGAGUUUGCCAGUAGAACUGUCUCCAACGUACUGGGGAGGAGCGGAAUUUACAUGAUUGAAAAUGUACAUUUUAGAAGGAAAAUGCCAGAACAAGGCUGUAUGGCCCUAGCUAUGCCGCUAAAACUCCUAAACGCGCCCUACGUGCCUACUCGACUAACAGCAUUCUGCCCUUCAACAAAAUCAGACCUACACGUCGUGAUGGCCCUUAAGAAAGAAGUUCCUGCUCAAACUAGGCUGCCUAACAGCAGAGUUUACGAUGUCAACCUAGAUGAAAUAUUAAGCUAA